AUUAACAAUGGCUUUUCCUUGUGUCAAAUGUUCAUUUAGUCGUAAAUCUGUUGGUAAUUUGCUAUCUCACUACCAUCGAAUCCAUUAUGGACAAAAAAUACCGUGUCAUUUUUGUUCUGCUGAAUUUGUAAACUAUAUUGUUGCAAAAAAUCAUGUUUAUAGAAGACAUCAAGACAAGCGGCAACAUAAUAUUACACAGAUUCAAAUUGAAUCAGCUAUUCCAUUAGAUUUGCCAGUUUGUAUUAAUACCAAAUAUGAUGAAAAUGCAGACCAAUCAACUGAUAUAUUUGAUAUGUUUGAUGAAAUGAAAAAGUUUUUUAUGAUAACAAUGAAUUAUCAUUUGGUGUCUGAAAAUACUUCAAAAAAGUUACUUCUACUACACGGUGAUUCAGUUAAAGCUAUAUUGGGUGAUAUAUGUAGAUCAUUUGAAAGUUUUUUGCAACAGACUGGCAUAUCAAUUCACAACCCUUACGCACAAUGUUUCUUGUAUAAACUUCAAAGAGACAAUAGCAUUGAUAUGUGUUUGUCACAUUGUAUGAGUCCAGAUAAAUUUGAUAAUUAUUUAGGUGAAUUGGGUCAUGUAAAAGCAGUGAAAGUUACUGUUGGUGAUGAUUUUUUUUAUCAUGUGCCUCUAGAAGAAAAUCUUAAAAGUAUUCUUAAAGGUCAAACAAUUUUGCACCCAGAGUCUUUAUCUUUUUCAAAAUCAAACUACUUUCAAAAUUCAAUUCUACCAUUUUCAGAUCCAGACAAAACAGUAUAUAUUGGUUUGUAUUCAGAUGAGUUAGAGGUAUGUAACCCAAUAGGCACCAGUAGGGGUAGACAUAAAAUAUCAGCAAUUUAUUUUUCUAUUUUAAACCAAAAGAGUAAUGCAUCUAAAAUGGACAAUUAUCAUUUAGCUUCAUUAUGUAAUUUUAAAGUGGUUAAAAAAAUUACACUCAAUGAGUUUUGUAAGCCAAUUAUUGAUGACUUGUUCAACUUAUUAUUUAACACAUUUUGUGUAAAUGUUAAAGAGUACCAUGUUAUUGCGUGUUUUAUGUCUGCUGACAAUUUAACAGCUCAUCCACUUCUUGGUUUACAAUCACAUUUUCAUAGUGGAUACAUAUGUAGACACUGUUAUUUCUUUGUUAGACAGGAAAAUACAAAUGUAUUUCAAAGAACUCAUGAAUCUUACAUUGUUGAUAGUACAAAACAACAACAUGGUUGUCUGAAUUUAUCUCCGUUUUUACACUUACCAUAUGUGUUUUUGCCUGCAUUUUUCCCAAGUGAUUUCAUGCAUGAUUUUUUGGAAGGAAUAAGCCAUGUUGUAAUUUCAACAUUUUUGAAUCAUUAUAUGAUCAAGCGAAAAUUAACAUUACUUGGUAUGAAUUUAUUGCUAAGAGAUGUAAAAUUGCCAGUGAAUUUAAUAUUGACAUCAACUUAUAUGACAUCAAAGCUGGCACUUACGGCUAGUGAGAUGCUAACCCUUUCAUUGUGUUUGCCAUUGUUUCUUUUUGAUAGCUUCAAUGAUAAAGAUGCACCUUAUUGGGAUAUGAUCGUUAUUCAUUGUGAAAUUUUAUUGAUUUUAAAUAGCCGUUGUAAUGAACAUAUUGAAUCAUUACAUUUUCUUGUUCCACAACUUGUUAACUAUAUUAAAACAUUAUAUAAUGGCACAAGAGUAGCAGCAAAGCUCCAUUUUAUCACACAUUAUCCUGACCUUUCAAGCUACAUGGGAACAAUGAAAACUUUUUGGUGCAUGCGUUUUGAACGACAUCAGAUUUUUAAAAAGCUUGCAAGAGUUAGUCAGCAAUUUAAGAACCCUAUAUAUUCAUUUUCAAAAUGAUUUCAAAUGCAUAAAACUUGUAAACGGCUCUUUGAAAGGAGUAAUGACAUUGUUCCAGGUAAGCUGCAAUCAUAAUAAUUGAUGAAUCGCAUAUUUGUUUAUUUUUAUGUAAUAUCAUACAAAUAUUUUAUUUUUCAGGAUCAAUCUCAUAUGCAAAAAUAUCUCUUCAUCAUGCUCAAGAAGCACUUCUUGAACGGUUUAAACCAAAUUUGAACACUAUUUUUCAUACAAAAAAAUUAACAGUCCAGGGAAAACAGUUGAUAGUAUCUUCUUAUUUGAUUCUAAGCGAAGAAAAAGCUGUUAAAAUAAAUCAUUUGAUGUCUAUUAACAGUGUUUGGUAUGCGAUGUGUCAAGAAACAGCAAUAUCAUUUUUUCCUUUAGUUAACUCGUAUGUUGUAGAGCAUCAUAAAAACUCAUUUUCUUUACUUGACAUUUUGUCUCUUAAAUUAAGUUCAUCUAAAUCUGUGAUAAUAAAAGAUAAAGAGUAUAUUGUCAGACUAUUUAUUAUAUGAAUAUUUCA